UUUUUUUAGAUCACUAUGAAAGCCCUGUACGGUCAGCAGAAUUCACCUGGAGAGGAAAUGACAUUUGUCUUCCAGGAAAGAGAAAACCUUCCUCCUACAAGAGACAAUGAUGUGAAAAUACAAGUUAGAGCCUGUGCGCUGAGCUGGAUAGAUACAAAGCUUUUGUCAGAAUUGAAAUUGAAGAAGGAAUUCUUACCUGUUGGUCGAGAAAUCUCUGGAGUUGUGCUGGAAGUUGGAAGGAAGGUGUCCUUUUUUCAGCCAGAGGAUGAAGUAGUGGGAAUUUUGCCCCUGGAUUCUGAAGAGUCUGGUCUUUGUGAAGUUAUUCUAGUUCAUGAGCAUUAUUUGGUUCGUAAACCAGAAAAAGUUUGUUGGGUUGAAGCAGCAGGAACUGUUCGUGAUGGUGUCCGAGCGUACACAGCCCUACACUACCUUUCCCAAGUCUCUCCUGGAAAAACUGUACUUGUAAUGGAUGGAGCAAGUCCAUUUGGUACAAUAGCUAUUCAGUUAGCACAGCACAGAGGAGCUAAAGUAAUCUCUACUGCACACAGUCUUGAAGAUAAGCAGUACCUGGAGAGGCUUAGACCUCCUGUGGAAGGUAUGCGGCAGCCUUUAGUAGCUCGAGUGAUUGAUGUAUCCAGUGGAAAGACAGACGUGGCAGAAAGCUGCUUGGAAGAAACGGGCGGCCUCGGCGUGGAUAUUGUUCUGGAUGCUGGAGUGAGAUUAUAUAGCAGAGAAGAUGAGCCAGCGUUAAAACCGCAGUUGCUGCCUCACAAGCAUGAUAUCAUCACACUGCUGGGCGUUGGGGGGCACUGGAUAACUACAGAAAAACAUCUCCAGCUGGAUCCUCCAGAUAGUCAUUCCCUGUUCCUUAAAGGAGCCACAGUCUCUUUUCUGAAUGAUGAGAUAUGGAACUUGUCAAAUAUACAGCAAGGGAAGUAUCUUUGCAUCUUAGAAGACAUAAUGGAUAAACUAUCAAGUAACGUUGUUUUCAGGCCUCAGCUGGAUGAACCGAUCCCAUUUUAUGAAGCCAAAGUUUCUAUGGAAAUGGUUCAGAAGAAUCAAGCAAGAAAAAGACAAGUCAUCCAGUUCUGACAUGCAAUUUCCUGAUUUCUAAGCCUGUGGAGGAUGAAG